AUUGGUCGGCCAAGCGUAUACCAUGCGGUGGUGGUCAUAUUUCUAGAAUUCUUUGCCUGGGGGCUCUUGACAACUCCAAUGCUAACGGUCUUACAUGAAACGUUUUCCCAUCAUACAUUUUUAAUGAAUGGUCUUAUUCAAGGUGUUAAGGGUUUUUUGUCCUUUCUCAGUGCUCCGCUAAUAGGUGCUCUGUCAGACGCAUGGGGAAGAAAAUUUUUUCUUCUUCUUACAGUUUUCUUCACCUGUGCCCCAAUUCCAUUAAUGAGAAUAAGCCCAUGGUGGUACUUCGCUAUGAUUUCGGUAUCUGGAAUCUUUUCUGUUACCUUUUCUGUAAUAUUUGCCUAUGUAGCUGAUGUAACACAAGAACAUGAAAGAAUUACAGCCUAUGGACUGGUAUCUGCCACAUUUGCAGCAAGCUUGGUAACUAGUCCUGCCAUUGGAGCAUACCUGUCUGCCAGCUAUGGAGAUAACCAUGUUGUACUGGUGGCCACGUUGGUGGCUGUUGUGGACAUCUGCUUCAUCCUGUUAGCUGUACCAGAAUCUCUGCCAGAAAAAAUGAGACCUGCUUCAUGGGGAGCUUCUAUAUCAUGGGAACAAGCAGACCCUUUUGCGUCUCUGAAGAAAGUUAGAAAAGAUUCUAUGAUACUCCCCAUCUGCGUUACGGUGUUUCUCUCCUAUCUGCCUGAGGCUGGCCAAUAUUCUAGCUUUUUUCUGUAUUUGCGACAGGUUAUAGGUUUUGGAUCUGCUAGCAUUGCGGCAUUUAUAGCUGUGGUAGGCAUUCUGUCUAUAAUAGCUCAGACUGUGUUUCUCAGUAUCUUGAUGAGGUCGAUAGGGAACAAAAAUACAGUUCUCCUUGGCCUUGGCUUUCAAAUCCUUCAGUUGGCUUGGUAUGGUUUUGGAUCUCAGUCUUGGAUGAUGUGGGCAGCAGGAGCUGUAGCAGCAAUGUCAAGCAUUACGUUCCCAGCGAUCAGUGCUCUGGUUUCACGAAAUGCAGAGUCAGAUCAACAAGGUGUUGUCCAAGGAAUAAUAACUGGAAUAAGAGGUCUGUGCAAUGGCCUGGGACCAGCACUGUACGGCUUUAUUUUCUUUCUCUUUCAUGUGGAACUCAAUGAAUUGCCAUCUGAUCAGACGUCUGGGAAAAAAGCAAUGCAAGAUCCCGGUGAUGAGAGAGCAAUCAUUCCUGGUCCACCUUUUCUGGUUGGAGCAUGCAUAGUUCUUCUGGCUUUGCUAGUUGCCUUAUUUAUUCCUGACCACAGCAAAGCCAUCAGUACCAGAAAACACAGCAACAGCAUCAGCAGUACUCUGAGUAGCAACCUAGACCGAAGUAGUGAAGAGGACGUUGAACCAUUGCUGCAAGAUAGCAGUGUGUGA